AUGUUCGCCAAAUCCACCAUCUUGACCAUUUUGGCCCUCGCCACCGCCACCGUGCAAGGCUCCCCCAUCCAGAAACGUGCUGUCGUGGCUCACGACUCCAUCGCGCCUUUCGCCGAGACCGUUCCCAACGACGCCACGGGCAACACCUACAAGAAGUUCGAGCCGUUCUUGCACAUCGCGCAUGGCUGCCAGUCGUACCCAGCCGUUGCGGCCAACGGGGAUACCAGGUUCGUUUUGUCUCUCCCUCCAUCAUCAUCAGAUGAUCAAGUUAGCGGCGGCCUCAAGGACACCGGCAGCGCCACCGGCGGCUGUCGCGACCAGGGCAAAGGACAGACGUACGUGCGCGGCGGUUGGCUCAACGGCCGCUACGGCAUCAUGUACGCCUGGUACAUGCCCAAGGACAUGCCGACGAGCGGGAUAUCGACGGGCGCGCACCGCCACGACUGGGAGAACGUCGUGGUGUGGGUGAACAACCCAGCCGUGGCGAAUCCGACCCUCCUGGGCGCCGCAGCCUCGGGGCACGGCAGCUACAAGAAGACGACGAGUCCGCAGCGCGAAGGGGAGCGGCCCAAGGUCGAGUAUUUCACCUCGUUCCCCACGAACCACGAGUUGCAGUUCACCAACACGCUGGGUCGCGAUCUGUCGCUGAUUGCGUGGGAGUCGCUUCCUGAGGCGGCGAGGAAGGGGUUGGAGGAUGCGGAGUUUGGCAAGGCGACGGUGCCUUUCAAGGAUUCGACGUUCCAGGGCAACUUGGAGAAGGCAGCCAUUUGA